GCGGGGGGUGAGGUCGCCGGGAGUUCAGCCCCCUCGCGCCCCCGCCCCUCCCUCCUUCCCCCCCGCGCUUCUUCACCUGCUGCCCCGGCGCGCGCGGGCGGGGGCGGAGGGCGCGCGCGCGCGCGCAGGCGGCGAGGCUCCGGGUCGCCGGAGGUGAGGCGAGCGGAGGCCCGGCCAGGAUGGCGCCGCGGGCCCGGGGGCCGCCGCUGCUGUGGCUCGCGAUCCCGCUGCUGCUGUCGCUGGGUCCUUCCGCUGCGGCGUCCAAGCUCAACAUCCCCAAAGUGCUGCUGCCCUUCACGCGGGCCACGCGCGUCAACUUCACGCUGGAGGCCUCGGACGGCUGCUACCGCUGGUCGUCCACUCGGCCGGAGGUGGCCAGCAUCGAGCCGCUGGGCCUGGACGAGCAACAGUGCUCCCGGAAGGCCGUGGUCCAGGCCCGCCUGUCCCAGCCCACCCGCCUGACCAGCAUCAUCUUCGCAGAGGACAUCAUGACGGGCCAGGUCCUGCGCUGUGAUGCCAUCGUGGACCUCAUCCAUGACAUUCAGAUAGUCUCCACCACCCGCGAGCUCUACCUUGAAGACUCACCCCUGGAACUGAAGAUCCAGGCUCUGGACUCUGAAGGGAACACGUUUAGCACCCUGGCUGGCCUGGUCUUCGACUGGAUGAUCGUGAAGGACACGGAAGCAGACGGGUUCUCAGACUCCCACAACGCACUGCGGAUCCUCACUUUCUUGGAGUCUACGUACAUCCCUCCCGCCUACAUCUCAGAGAUGGAGAAGGUAGCCAAGCAGGGGGACACCAUCCUGGUGUCUGGGAUGAAGACGGGGAGCUCCAAACUCAAGGCGCGCAUCCAGGAGGCUGUUUAUAAGAACGUACGCCCUGCAGAAGUCAGGCUCCUGAUUUUGGAGAACAUCCUUCUGAACCCAGCGUACGAUGUCUACCUGAUGGUGGGGACCUCCAUUCGCUACAAGGUGCAGAAAAUCAGGCAAGGAAAAAUUACAGAACUCGCUAUGCCUUCCGAUCAGUAUGAGCUGCAGCUCCAGAACAACGUCCCAGGCCCUGAUGGUGACCAGGCCCAGCCCGUGACCAUGUUGGACCAGGAAACGUCCACGGUGACCGCAGUGCACCUGGGACAGAGCAGCCUCGUCCUCGGCCACCGAAGUAUCCGCAUGCAGGGGGCUUCCAGGUUACCCAACAGCACGAUUUACGUGGUUGAACCGGGAUACCUGGGGUUUUCCAUUCACCCCGGUGACAGGUGGGUGCUGGAGACUGGCCGCCUGUAUGAAAUGACGGUCGAGGUGUUUGAUAAGUCUAGCAACAAGGUCUACCUGUCGGACAACAUCCGAAUCGAAACCAUGCUUCCUCCUGAGUUCUUCGAGGUGCUCUGGUCUUCCCAGAACGGGUCGUACCAUCACGUCAGGGCGAUAAGGAGGGGCCAGACGACCAUCGAGGCGGCGCUCACCUCCGUGGUGGACCAGGAUGGAGGUGUCCAUGUGUUACGGGCGCCUGUGCGGAAUCAGCAGGAGGUGGAGAUCCACAUCCCCAUCACCCUUGUGCCAAGCAUCCUGACGUUUCCAUGGCAACCGAAGACCGGCGCCUAUCAGUAUACAAUAAAGGCCCACGGCGGGAGCGGGAACUUCAGCUGGUCGUCUUCAAGUUACGUGGUUGCCACGGUCACCGUCAAGGGUGUGAUGACCACAGGCAGUGACAUCGGCGUCAGUGUGAUCCAGGCAAACGAUGUGCAGAACCCUCUACAUUUUGGCGAGAUGAAGGUAUAUGUCAUUGAGCCCAGCAGCAUGGAAUUUGCCCCCUGCCAGGUGGAGGCCCGGGUGGGCCAGACCCUGGAGCUGCCCCUGAGGAUCAGUGGCCUCAUGCCUGGCGGGGCCAGCGAGGUUGUCACCCUAAGCGACUGUUCCCACUUCGACUUGGUGGUGGAGGUGGAGAACCAGGGCGUGUUUCAGCCGCUCCCAGGGAGGCUGAAGCCAGGGUCUGAGCACUGCAGUGGCGUGAGGGUGAGAGCUGAGGUCCAGGGGUAUACCGUGCUCAUCGUCAGCUACAAACAUGGCCAUGUCCACCUGAGUGCCAGGAUCACCAUAGCUGCCUACUUGCCCCUCAAGUCUGUGGACCCCUCCUCUGUUGCCUUGGUAACCCUGGGCUCCUCCAAGGAGAUGCUGUUUGAAGGCGGUCCCCGACCCUGGGUCCUGGAGCCUUCCAAGUUCUUCCGGAACAUCACGUCUGAGGAUAUGGACAGCAUCAGUCUGGCUCCCAUUGGGCCCCCUGCCUCCUGGAACUACCAGCAACACUGGAUCCUUGUGACUUGCCAGGCUUUGGGCGAGCAGGUCAUCGCCCUCUCGGUGGGAAACAAGCCCAGCAUCACCAACCCCUUCCCCGUGGUGGAGCCUGCCGUGGUGAAGUUUGUCUGUGCCCCUCCGUCCAGACUCACCCUCACGCCUGUCUACGCCAGUCCACAGCUGGACCUGUCCUGUCCGCUGCUGCAGCAGAACAAGCAGGUGGUCCCUGUCUCCAACCACCGCAACCCCCUGCUGGAUCUGGCAGCCUAUGACGAGCAGGGGCGCAGGUUCGACAACUUCAGCUCCUUGAGUGUCCAGUGGGAGUCCACCAGGCCGUUGCUGGCCAGCACUGAACUGGAUCUGCCCAUGCAGCUAGUGUCCCGGGACGACGGAAGUGGCCAGAAGAAGUUGCAUGGUUUGCAGGCCAUUUCAGUCCACGAGGCGUCGGGAACCACGGCCAUCUCUGCCACCGCGACUGGCUACCAGCAGUCCCACCUUAGUGCUGCCAAACUGAAGCAACCGGCUGAGCCUCUCGUGCCCGUGUCGGCCUCCAUAGAGCUGAUUCUGGUGGAAGACGUGCGAGUGAGCCCAGAGGAAGUGACCAUCUACAACCACCCUGCCGUCCAGGCGGAACUCCAAAUCAGGGAAGGUUCUGGCUACUUCUUUCUCAACACCAGCGUGGCAGACAUCGCCAGGGUGGUCUACCAGGAGGUCAGAGGCAUGGCCACGGUACAUCCUUUGCUCCCAGGCACGUUGACCGUCAUGAUCCACGACUUGUGUCUGGCCUUCCCUGCCCCAGCCAAGGCCGAAAUCUACAUCUCGGACAUCCAGGAGCUGUACGUCCGGGUGGUUGACAAGGUGGAGAUCGGGAAGACGGUCAGGGCCUACGUCCGCGUGCUGGACUGUCACAAGAAGCCUUUCCUGGCCAAAUACUUGGCCUUCAUGGACCUGAAGCUCCGGGCAGCCUCCCAGAUUGUCACCUUGGUGGCCCUCGACGAAGCCCUCGACAACUACACGGCCACCUUCCUUGUCCACGGCGUGGCCAUCGGCCAGACCAGUCUGACUGCAACUGUGACCGAUAAAGCCGGACAGAGAGUCAACUCAGCCCCACAGCAGAUUGAAGUCUUUCCCCCAUUUCGAUUGAUACCCAGGAAGGUGACGCUGAUCAUUGGGGCCACGAUGCAGAUCACCUCGGAGGGCGGCCCUCAGCCACAGUCCAACAUCCAGUUCUCCAUCAGCGACGAGAGUGUGGCGGUGGUGAACAGCACCGGGCUGGUACGGGGGCUCGCCGUCGGCAAUGGCACCGUCUCCGGGGUGGUGCAGGCGGUGGAUGCCGAGACUGGCAAAGUCAUCGUCGUCUCCCAGGAUCGUGUGGAGGUGGAAGUGCUGCUUCUCCGGGCAGUGAGGAUCCGAGCCCCCAUCACACGGAUGAGGACGGGCACCCAGAUGCCUGUCUACAUCACCGGAGUCACCAACAGCCAGAACCCGUUCUCGUUUGGCAAUGCCGUGCCAGGCCUAACCUUCCACUGGUCCGUCACCAAAAGGGACAUCCUGGACAUCCGGGGACGGCACCACGAGGCAUCCCUCCAGCUCCCAUCGCAGUACAACUUUGCCAUGAACGUGCUUGGCCGCGUGAAAGGCCGGACUGGGCUGAAGGUGGUAGUCAAGGCUCUGGACCCCACGGCCGGGCAGCUGCAAGGCCUUGCCAAGGAGAUCUCUGACGAGAUCCAAAUCCAGGUAUUUGAGAAGCUACUGCUGCUGAACCCUGAAAUAGAAGCAGAACAAAUAUUAAUGUCACCCAACUCAUUUAUAAAGCUUCAGACAAACAGGGACAGCGCGGCAUCUCUGAGCUACCGUGUUCUAGAGGGACCUGAGAAGGUUCCUGUCGUGCAUGUCGAUGAAAAAGGCCUCCUGGUGUCAGGAUCCAUGAUUGGGACCUCCACGGUCGAAGUGAUCGCCCAGGAGCCUUUCGGGGCCAAUCAGACCAUCACUGUUGCUGUAAAGGUAUCUCCCGUUUCCUACCUGCGGCUUUCCAUGAGCCCCAUCCUGCACACCCAGAGCAAGGAGGCUCUGGUCGCCCUGCCCUUGGGAAUGACUGUGACCUUCACUGUCCACUUCCAUGACAGCUCCGGAGACGUCUUCCACGCUCACAACUCGGUCCUCAACUUUGCAACUAACAGAGACGACUUUGUGCAAAUUGGGAAGGGCGCCACCAACAACACCUGUGUCGUCCGCACCAUCAGCGUGGGUCUGACACUGCUCAGCGUGUGGGAUGCGGAGCAUGUGGGUCUCGCCGACUUCGUCCCACUGCCCGUCCUGCAGGCCAUCUCCCCGCAGCUGUCCGGAGCCGUGGUGGUGGGAGAUGUCCUUUGUUUGGCCACUGGCCUGAUGAGCCUAGAAGGCCUCUCAGGAACCUGGAGCUCCUCAGCCAACAGCAUCCUCCACGUGGACCCCAAGACGGGCGUGGCCGUGGCCCAGGAUGCGGGUGCCGUGACGGUGUACUACGAGGUGGCCGGGCACCUGAGAACCUACAAAGAGAUAAUAAUCAGCGUCCCUCAGAGAAUCGUGGCCCGCCACAUCCGCACCGUCCAGCCCAGCUUCCAGGAGGUUACAGCCUCCAAAGUGAUCAUCGUCGUGGGGGACAGACGUUCUAACCUGAGAGGUGAGUGCUCUCCUGCCCAGAUGGAAGCCAUCGAGAACUUGCAUCCAGAAUCCCUCAUCAACUGCCAGCUCCAGUUCAAGCAAGACAUCUUUGAUUUCCCGGCCCGUGACAUUUUCACCACAGAGCCUGGGUUUGACGCCACUCUGGGUCAGUACGUCUGCUCCGUCACGAUGCACAGACUGACGGACAAACAGCUGAAGCACCUCAGUAUGAAGAAGACAGCACUUGUGGUCACUGCUUCCAUCCCCAACAGCCACUUCUCUGGAGAGCAGGUCGGGGCCGAGGUGCCCUUCAGCCCAGGGCUCUACGCCAACCAGGCUGAAAUCCUCUUGAGCAACCACUACACCAGCUCUGAGGUCAAGGUCUUUGGUGCCUCAGAGAUUCUGGAGAACCUGGAGGUGAGGUCCGGGUCCCCUGCUGUGUUUGCCUUCGUGAAGGAGAAGUCUUUCGGGCUGCCCAGCUUUAUCACAUACACAGUUGGCGUCUCUGACCCUGCAGCCGGCAGCCAGGGGCCUCUGACCACCAUGCUGACCUUCUCCAGCCCCACGACCAACCAGGCCAUCUCCAUCCCGGUCACCGUGGCCUUCGUGCUGGAUCGCCGCGGGCCUGGUCCUCAUGGAGCCAGCCUCUUCCAGCAUUUUCUGGAUUCCUACCAAGUCAUGUUCUUCACGCUCUUCGCCCUGCUGGCCGGGACUGCUGUCAUGAUCAUAGCCUACCACACGGUCUGCACGCCCCGAGAGCUCGCCGCCCACCCAGCCUUCUCUCCCAGAGCCAGCCCCCGGCACAGCCCCAGCUAUUUUGCUGCCUCAUCGCCAGCGACCUUCAAUGCACUGCCUCCUGGCCGCAAAGCCAGCCCUCCAUCGGGGCUGUGGAGCCCAGCUUACGCCUCCCACUAGCCAGCAGCUCAUGGGAGCCGGGUGCCGACAGGCUAGCAGCUCCAGGAUAGCCACCGAGACCUGCAUGCCUUCGAUGACAGUGAAAUGCCUGCUUUGAGCCCCUCAUGCCCCCAGCCCCCACCGUUACCAACUAGGCUGCCUCCUCCAUUUUGAUGGCGCUAUAUUUUAGAUUGUGCUCAUUAGCUUAUUCUUACAGUAGGACUUCAAGGUUUUUUGUUUUUUUUUCUUUAGACUCUUGCAAAGCUAAGACUUUUGGCUCAUUCUUUUCUGCAUGGUGGCCUAGGGUUUCUGGACCAUCUGCAUGGGUGUUUUUAUUUUCCUCAAGUCACAAAAUCAUCCGCUUCUCAAGGCUUUGAGCAGUUACAGCUCUCUUUAGAGGAUGUGCAUAGCUGAUGUUACAGUAGUGGUCUCAGGGAAAGAGUUUCUUAAUUACUUUUUUUGGUGGGGGAGGGGUGGUGCUUUUUCCCCUGUGAAAACUUACUUUUCCCCUAGUCUGGCUGCUGCUAGGAGAUUAGGGGGAGUGGACAGGCGUGAGCAUCCUGUGUUCUGGAAGACUCCUGCCCCUUCCCAGCCAGCCACUGCACAGGCAGCCUCAGGAAAGCAUUGUCCGGGAACCACCAUGAUGGCUUGGCUUAUGGCGAGAUGCCUAAAAUCCACACAAGAGUUACGAACCAGUUUCAUUUUUUCCCGUCUUUCGGGCCACUGUGAAUAGACCAUCAGUCCUCUGUGUGUGUUUGUCUUAUAAGCUGUCAGAUCAUCUCAUGGACUUGGCUUCAGCCCCUCCAUUCAGAACAGCCUGGGUGGGGGGUCCGUCGGGCUUUCCCUCUCCCGCCUUCUCCUUAGCACAUGGACAUCCAGAAUCCUCAUUAGGGCAAUGUCCUGGAGCUGGAGAAGGGGCUCUUCGGGUCCAAGAAGCCAUUAGCACAAAGAUUCAAUGUUCAUCCGUCCCUCCGUCUUGUACCCCAUGCCCGAGAACCUCAGCAUACCUGAGCCUCUGCCCUGCCCUGUGUGAGCCCAGCCUCGGCCUCACCCGCCGUCAGGUCACCAGGCCCCAAGGGCCCCCAGGCAGCUUCCCAGCAGACCCCAGACCCCAGCCUGGAACCCGUGAGGAGGGGGACAAGCAAACCUCCAGGAAGAGAUUCUCCAAGAAGCUGGGGAGAGGGAAAGACCACCCUGGAAACUCCCUCUCACCCACGCUCCUCGUUCAGGCCCUCGGAGCCCCCUCGGAAUGUGGCCCGCCUCUGCUCCUUGCCAAGGAGACGUGCUGCUCUCAGGAAGAUCUGGAGAUUCACACCCCGGUUUGACUCUGAAGACAAAGUGUGACUCCACUUCCAGUCCUUCGGGACUGGGCUCUGUGAUUUCUUUUUCUAAAACUGGAGAAAGGAAGAAUUGUGCCUUGCAUAGCACUUGAGCUCAAACUGACAACUUGGAUGUAAAUAGGAGCAUUUCUACUUGGUUUAUUUAAUAAAGCGCUAUAUAAUUUCUUAA